AUGAUUUCCGCCCCCGCGAUCGCCGCGCGGGUUGGCUCUCGAGCGGUAUCCCGAGCGGCGCCCCGAGCUGCCCUCGCGGCUCCGAACAAGGCCCGAUCCGUCGCCGUCGCCGCCGCCCUCCAGCGCCGGGCCCUGUCCACCACGAGGGCUUGCGCCCUGCCCCCCGCCAGGGACCGUGCCCGCGAGAUCGUCAUCCAGACGCUGAGCUCCAUUGGCAGCAAGCGCGAGAGCGAGCAGUACCUCAAGCUCUUCACCUCGGUCUCGUCACAAAAGUUUGCCGUCAUCAAGGUCGGUGGCGCCAUCCUCACCGAGUACAUCGACGAGCUCUGCCGCAGCCUGCUCUUCCUCACCGAGCUUGGCCUCUACCCCAUCAUCGUCCAUGGCGCCGGGCCCCAGCUCAACAACCUCCUCGCCGAUGCCGGAGUCGAGCCGCAGUUCGAGGAGGGCAUCCGUAUCACCGAUGCCAAGACCCUCGGCGUCGCCCGCAAGCUCUUCCUCGAGGAGAACCUCAAGCUCGUCGACAGGCUCGACGACCUUGGCGUCCAGUCGCGGUCCCUGAGCGGUGUCUUCAUGGCCGACUACCUCAACAAGGAUAAGUGGCAGUAUGUCGGCAAGAUCACAAAGGUCAACAAGGAGUCGAUCGAAAAGUCCAUCGAGGCCGGCUACAUCCCGGUCCUCACCUCCAUGGCCGAGACGGAGGACGGUCAGCUGCUCAACGUGAACGCCGACGUGGCCGCCGCCGAGCUUGCUCGUGCCCUGGAGCCGCUCAAGGUCGUCUACCUGUCCGAGAAGGGCGGUCUGUUCGACGGCGCCGGCGACAAGAUUUCCCACAUCAACCUUGACGAAGAGUUUGAUCACCUCAUGUCGCAAGAGUGGUGCCGCUACGGAACCCGUCUUAAGAUCAAGGAAAUCAAGGAGCUGCUCGACACCCUCCCGCGCACUUCCAGCGUUGCCAUCAUCCACCCGAGCGACCUGCAAAAGGAGCUCUUCACCGACUCUGGUGCCGGUACGCUGGUUCGCCGGGGCAACAAGAUCCAGAAGGUCACGUCGGUUUCGGACUUUAGUGAUCUGAGCAAGGUCAAGGAGACCCUGAUCCGUGACCGCGAGGGCAUGGACGCCGAGGCCACCGUUGACCGAUGGAUCGAGUUCCUCCAGGAGAACCCCUUCACGGCUUACUACGACGAGUCCAUGCAGUGCCUGGCCAUUGUCCUCGAGCCCGGCAACGGCCGCACCCUGCCCACGCUGGCCACGCUGAACGUCACCAAGUCGGGCUGGUUGACCAGCGUCGCCGACAACGUCUUCGCUGCGAUCAAGAAGGACCACCCCAGCCUGGUCUGGACCGUCAGCCAGGCCGACGAGAACCUGACCUGGUUCUACGACAAGGCUGAGGGCAUCCGCCACCACAACGGCAGCGCCCUGUUCUACUACGGCUGCGAGGACCAGCACCCUGCUGAGCUGGCCGCCGUUCACAAGGAGUUUGUGUCCCACGGCCGUGCCAUGCUUGGCGACUCCAACCUCGAGUCCCGCCUUCAGAGGGCCUCGCAGUCUGCGAGCCAGUCCCUUCGCGCUGCCCAAGUGCCUUCGCAGGCGCGUGGCUUCUCGACCUUCAGCUACGGCGUGCAGCGCCGCGGCUAUGCCACCACCACCAACCCGAACCCCCCUCUGGGCAAGAAGAACGCGUCCAACACGGUCCCCGCGCGCAUCGGCCUCAUCGGCGCCCGCGGCUACACUGGCCAGGCGCUGAUCGACCUGCUCAACGCCCACCCAUACAUGGACCUGAGGCACGUCUCCUCGCGAGAGCUGGCCGGCCAGGAGCUGCAGGGCUACACCAAGAGGAAGAUCAUCUACGAGAGCCUCGGUCCGGAGGAGGUUGGUGAGAUCGAAAAGGAGGGCAAGGUCGACUGCUGGGUCAUGGCUCUGCCCAACGGUGUGUGCAAGCCUUAUAUCGAGGCUAUCGACGCCGCCUCCAAGGGCCGUGACCGCCCCAGCGUCAUCGUCGACCUCUCGGCGGAUCACCGCUUCACCGAUUCCUGGACGUAUGGUCUUCCCGAGCUGACCAAGCGAUCUCUCAUCUAUCCGGCCAAGCGCAUUUCGAACCCGGGAUGCUACGCGACUGCGGCCCAGCUAGGCAUCGCGCCCAUCCUGGACCACCUGGGUGGCCAGCCAACCGUCUUUGGCGUCUCGGGCUACUCGGGCGCUGGGACCAAGCCGUCUCCCAAGAACGACCUUGAGCAGCUCAGGGACAACCUGAUGCCGUACAGCUUGACGGACCACGUGCACGAGCGCGAGAUCAGCCGCCAGCUGGACACGCCCGUCAGCUUCAUCCCCCACGUGGCGUCGUGGUUCCGAGGCAUCCACCACACCAUCAACAUCCCGCUCAACAAGACGAUGACGUCGCGAGACAUUCGACAGAUCUACCAGGACCGGUACGCCGGCGAGAAGCUCGUCAAGGUGGUGGGCGAGGCGCCGCUGGUGCGGGAGAUUAUGAACAGGCACGGCGUGGAGAUUGGAGGAUUCGCGGUGCACAGCAGCGGCAAGCGGGUGGUUGUGUGCGCCAGCAUCGACAACCUGCUCAAGGGCGCCGCGACCCAGUGCCUGCAAAACAUGAACCUCGCGCUGGGCUACGCCGAGUACGAAGGCAUCCCGACCAUGUAA